AUUUGUAAUCUCGAUCCCCGCCGCACAAGCUUGAUCGGACGGUCGGACACCAGACAGUCUGUCAGAGACACCAACGCCCGGGUCCGCUGCCACGGUGCCACCGCUGUUUCCCAUGCCGGUCGGCGGUCGCCGCUCCAGUUGAAUUUGAAGGAGCCUGACGGAUCGAUGGCGGCCGCGGCGGAGGUGUACCGGCGGGUGCUGAAGGCGGUGCAGAAGCACGUCGGUAGGGGCGCCACCAAGCAGCGCUUCCUCGACUUCGGGGCGGCCGAGUUCCGUGCCCCCGUCGGCACGGAGGCCGACGCUAGGGCGAGGCUGCGGCUCGCCGGGGACUACGCCUACCUCCUCACCAGCGUCCACCACCACAAGGAUCUGCUGCUCUCGUACAAUAUAGCUGUGGAUCGAUCUGAUGAAACGAAGAAGAUACUGAACAAAUCUGCCGCCAGUGUAGGCCUCCAGCUUCCUGAUGUCUACAAGCCAUGAGUGCUUCAUUUCUGCAUCUAUGUGUGGUCCAUGAUACUGCCAUUUAGCUAUGCAACUUCACCAUUUACCUUGUUUCCAAUGCUACUGUUCUCUCAACUCUCAAUAACGAGAGAUGACAUUUGUUUAUUAAUGAUGUCAUUCAUCGAUGUAUGAAUUCCUUCUACAAAAAUCAAUUGCCAGUGUGCUAUAGUCUGCACAAAA